CUUUGGUGCCGUCUCCGCUUUUUCCUUGUCCUCGAAGUUCUUCUGCGUCCGCAGUCGAAGGGACGAAGAAGGAUGUUCUUCUUUCUUACCCGUACCCGCCUUCGAUGGAAAAAUCUUCUACUCCCGCAUUUUCCUCGUUUCUCUUUGCGAAUCCGAUGCCCGCUUGACAAAAGUGCCACCUUUUUCUUUUCCAGAUUAAAAAGAAUCACUCUGGGUUCUAUUCUCCUUCUUUCGCUCAAUUGCUUUCUACUGGAGUUACGUGUAGGUAGGAACGUCGUUGGGAGUUGCAUCUGUACUUCACUUGAGCCACCGCCGUCGCCAGAUCAGGGAUAAAGCCUAGCCCGAGCCGAGAAGAGCGGAUGACGAGAUGGAGCCUGUGAAGGAAGGAGGCCUUAGGUUCUAUCACCAUCGGAAGGAGAAAGCAACCAAAUCCGUGCAACUUGUCUCAAAAUCUGCAUUGAUAACCAAUAAAAUUGAUGCUUACAGCCCUCUGGGUUCUGAAGUUUUUGCUGAGGACCUUGAUCCUCGGAGGAAGUGGAUACUGGAUCCGCAAAGUGGCAUCGUAUCAAUAUGGAAUUGUGUUUUCCUCACCUCAUGCCUGAUGGUGCUGUUUAUUGAUCCCCUGCACUUUUAUUUGCGUGUGGUUGAGAAGAGCCAUACCAUGUGCAUUAAGAUAGACAACGAUUUGAUAGUUUCCAUUACCUUCUUGCGAACUCUUGCCGACCUAUUCUACACGCUGAACAUAGCAGUAAAGUAUAGGACUGCAUAUGUUGCUCCAAGCUCAAGAGUUUUUGGACGGGGUGAACUUGUGAUGGAUGGCAAGAAGAUAGCAAAAAGGUAUUUGAAAUCAGACUUUGCUCUAGAUGUUGCAGUCGCCCUUCCAAUACCUCAGAUUUUUAGCUGGUUGAUUGUACCAGCAAUCAAGAGCUUAAGUGCUGAAAAUAAGCACAAUGCAUUUGCCGUUAUUGUUCUAGCACAGUAUAUAGCAAGACUAUAUCUUGUGUUUUCUUUGAGUCAUCAAAUCAUUUUAACUAGUGAGGUAUUUGCAAAGACUGCUUGGGUUGGAGCUGCUUACAAUCUUCUGCUUUGCUUGAUUGCCAGCCAUCUUAUAGGAGCUUCUUGGUAUCUUCUUUCCCUUGAUCGCGUGAUCACAUGCUGGAGAUCACAAUGCAAACUAGAAGAUGGCAUGAAUGGAACAUUGUGUCAUCCUACAUUUUUCUAUUGCGAUCAGUUCAGUCAACCAGAUCGUCUAAGAUGGUCUACUGUCACAAAUGUUUUCCAAAGUUGUGAUCCUGAUGGUGGUAUUUUCAACUAUGGAAUAUUUAAAAUUGCAUUGGCAAAUGACAUUUUUGGCACACAUUUCAGCAACAAGUACUUUUAUUGCCUUUGGUGGGGAUUCCAAAAUCUAAGCUCCUAUGGCCAGAAUUUGGAUACAAGUAUGUUCGUUGGAGAAACAUUGUUUUCUAUACUUACCAUCAUGGUUGGUCUUGUGUUGUUCGCGCAUCUGAUAGGUAACAUACAGACCUACCUGCAAUCUACCAAUUUAAGGGUUGAAGAGUGGAGGCUAAAGAGAAGAGACGCUGAAAACUGGAUGAGACAUCGUCAACUUCCUCAUGGUUUGUGUGAAAGAGUCAGGGAAUUCAUUCAAUACAAUUGGAUGGCAACUCAGGGAGUGGAUGAAAAAUCUAUACUGUGUGUUUUGCCUGCACACCUUCAUCGUGACAUUCACCGUCAUUUAUGUUGGGAUCUUGUUAGGCGGGUGCCACUCUUCUCGCAGAUGGAUGAUCAACUUCUUGAUGCCAUAUGUAGGCAUCUUGUUUCUUCUUUAUGCACCAAAGGGACAUACAUUGUUCACGAGGGUGAUCCUGUAACGGAGAUGCUUUUCAUCAUUCGUGGGAGUUUGGAUAGCUCUACAACGGACGGAGGUCGAGCAGACUUCUUCAACUCCAUAACCCUGAGACCAGGUGAUUUCUGUGGUGAGGAGCUGGUGGAAUGGGCUCUCCUUUCGAAGUCCACAGGCAACUUCCCUGCCUCCACCAGAAGUGUGAGAGCACUCGUCGAAGUAGAGGCCUUUGCGCUGCAUGCAGAAGACCUCAAGCUCGUGGCAAAACAGUUUCGUGUGCUCCAUAGCAAAAGGAUGCAGGACGCUCUGCGGUUCUAUUCACAUCACUGGAGAACAUGGGCUGCUUGCUUCAUUCAGGCAGCUUGGCAACGGUACAAGAGACAGAAGGGGAAGAAUCGUCUUUGGGAGCCAUUUGAGUUGAGGAAAGUUGGCGAGGCCAUUGAGGAGCUGGACUCCUCGACAAAGACAGAAUCUUGGGAUCAGAAUUCUGGAAGGCAAAGAGAUUGAAGAGAAACCUGAUGAACUUGAUUUAUAGAAUUGCAGAGGUGUAUUAGAUUCUUCUGUUGGAAACUUCUUUAUGGGCGAAAUGUUUUUCAUAAAAGAAAGCAUUAAAUGAAACUAUUAUAGAAAUCAUGAUGUAAACUAUUGUCUUCUAAUUCUUCAAACAUCGUUUUUUUUUCUA